AUGACCCGUCCAAUCUAUGAACUUCUUGCGAAUGGCCAGAAAAUUAUCAUUCCCGGACGAAGAGGCUCGUACCUGAUUACUCAAUCCUUGAAGGAAAAUGUAUUCAAGGCUCACAUUGAUGGCACGUCCAUUCCGGUGAUGGUGAAAACUCCAGCGCAUCCUGUCUUGUAUGAGAGAGAAGCCAGCGUAUAUGAAUUCGACUGCAUCAAGCGAUCACCGUACAUUCGAUCGCAACGAGAAGUAACAGAAAACAACCAGUGCAUGGUUUUUGAAUGGAUGGGCUGUGACCUCUGGUCUUUAAGAAAUAAACAGCAAUCAUCGAAUUCUUUGUUUUUGAAAACCGUCGCAAGUUCUGUUCUUAACGCUCUAGUAGCAUUUCUAGACAUGGACGGAAAUGGUGCCGCUGUUCACACAGAUGUCAACCCAAACAACAUUCUUGUUUCCGAGGCCUCUAGUGCCUCUCCUUCGGUGAAGUUGGCAGAUCUUGAGGGGUUAAUACCUGCCGGAGAACACAGAGAGCAUCGUCUUCAGGGAUUUUCCAUACGAGCGCCCGAGAUAUGGAUGGGCCAUGCUCCUUCUUCAGCAUGUGAUGUGUGGUCUUUGGGCCUAGCGCAUUUUAUCUCUGGCAGGCCUCUAUUCGGUGUCGCGGAUGUCAAUUUUAAAGUCAGCUCUGUACCACUAGCCACGAGCCAGGCAGCAUGCAGCAUUGCAAAGAUCAUCCAACUCAUCGGAUCAAUUUCCCGGCAUGAGAGUCCGCAAUUUUCCAAGGAAUUCGACCUGGCAGAAAGGCUGGUGGAGCAAAAGACCCUUCCAAUGACACCACUGGAAGAAGAAUUAUGUAACCGGCAGGUCGAGCGAGGCGGCCAACAGCAAAGCAAGCACUGGAACACUCUUGGUUAA